UUCCACUUUAUUAACAUAAAAUUUAUUCAAACAAGGAAAAAAUUACAAAUGGAAUAAUACCGUUUUUGGAUCGGAACUCACAAAAGGGAAUGGUUUUGUUCAUGUUGUCGGAAUCUAAAAAAAAAGCUACAAAUUGGGAACAAAUUACAAAGAAACAUGGGAGUGUACAAUGCGUGAAGGGUUGUUGUUGUUAUUCUCUCAUCAUCAGUUUUAUGAAACCGAAAGAAAAAAAGGAUUUUGUUUUGUUUUGUCUGUCCUCGGUUGUCACUUGUUGUCGUCCCAUCCAGAUUCCGAGCAGACAAGAGAAAAAGGGCAAAUUUUUAUGUUUUUUUUUGUUGGUUCUCAUCAGGUAAAGAAUUUACAUGUAAUCAUUGACGCCGG